GUUAGCGCUGGUGAUUCGGCAGCCAGCGAGGCUGAUCCGGGACCGGGUGGCUGGCCGGUGGCCACACCAGAGGUCUAUUAUACCUGGAUUCCGCGAGGCCACGGACCACGGUGCGCGCGCUCUUGUCUUGUUCCUGUGCCUGCCACUGCCAGUGCCACCAUCUCGCCGUCGGCGUCGGCUCGUCGCCUGAGAGCCGAGGCCACGCAGGCACCCGGGCCGGGGGAUGUCGGCGCCGGCGGCACAGGCCGUGGUGGCGCUGGCUCUCGCGGCCAUCCUCUCGACCCCGGCGCCCCAGGCGGACACCUUCUCCAACGUCCCGCCCACGCUCUCCGGGGGCGACGGGAAGCAAGAGCGGAUCAAGCACCCCAGGUCGGCCAAGGCGUUGCAGUGCACGACCAAGUGCGUCGGCACCUGCAUCCGCGGCGGCGGCGGCGCGCCCGGCGAGGGGCCCCUCAACGUCAGGAGGCCCCUCGUGGUGUUCAAGGACGGCUUCCGCAGCCGGCAGUACUGGUGGGUACUACUACUACCUGCACUACAGCCCCCUCUUCUUUUCACUAUAGCAGAUGCUACCACUGCUCGUGGGUCACCAAAGUGAGCUCAACUUUCUGAUCUGAUCAGUUUGUUGUUCAAUUAGCCUGAUAGAGUGCUCGGACAUUUGCAAUCGCAUCAAGGAUGGGCAGGACGGACCCUGAGACGGGCCAGAGGAACAACAUGCCCAAGCCCAAAGUUGUUGGAGCAACUGCCAUGGCUGCGGUGCAGGCUAGAUAUGGGAUCCGGUUCUUCUGCCAGGCCUCCAGAAGCAGAACUUCAGAGGCGACAAGGGUAAUAAGGUACAGUAAACCAGUCAGUAACAUAUAGGAUCCAGAGACAUUUGCUAGCAACAAAAUCCGAGAAAAGCUGUUAAGAGUGAUGCGUAGUGGUCUUGAUAACCGUUAAUGCGAUGAACGUCAGGACCAUGAUGAACAGAUACAAUGCAUAAAUAGCACCAUGAUGAACUUAAGUUUUUAUC